AUGUGGAAGAUUAUUCUCUGUCUUCCAGUCAUCUGUCUUACAACACUGACAAACGGUAAUUACGCAAGUCAUGAAUUUACUCAAGAUGUAAUGUUUUGUGAGACCUGCCAACUACAACAGGGUGCGAAAUUUAUGGUAUUGCAGUUGUCAGAAAUGACCAGAUUUUAACAGUGACGAACAAAUGGCAGGACAUGUAUGGUUGCCCUUUGUAGGGCUGUGCUCUAGCAACGCCCGUUGGUUUUGGGUUUAAUACCGUUUAUGACAACCAUCGUGUACAUUUUUGGUAUUUGUUGGUUUGGAAAAAGUUGUUUUGGAAAAAGUCCUUGAAUUUUGGAUCCAAAAAUCUGUACGAAACCAGUUUGCACAAUACGACGAUGUCAUCGAAUCAAAACAAUAUCAUCCCCUUCCUACCCCUCAUUCUGUCAGCGCAUACAAUCCUUGUGUUAACGAGAUUUUAUCUAUGGUUAAUAUGAUAAGAAAGUGAUUGUCGCGCGUUAUAUGAGUUUAUAGCAUGCAGCAACAAUACAUCUCUCCUCAAACCCAGUUUUCUCAGAGUGUCUUCAGAGUUAGUUUGUUGUACCCAAUAUUGACAUUAUCAUGUAUUCCCCCCCCCCUAUUGAAGAAAGCAUCACCCAAGAUAUAAAAAUCUCUUUAUUUUGUCUUGCCAAAAAAUAUAUCAUAUAUAUUAUCUUUUGUUAUAUGAACUACAGUUUUUAGAGGGAUUUCUGCCACUAAGAAAAACUGUCACCGAUCGCACGUAAAACUACCAUAAUUUUACGUGUGUUAAUAUCAGGCAAUCAGUGAACUACUUGUAUUACCAUGAAGACACCUGCCGUUGAAGUCCAUAGUCGUCGCCUUACAUCCAUUGCAUGUUUGCUCGGGUUUAUAAAGGUACUAAGAAAAAAAGGGGGGGGGGGCAACAAUAACUUUUUUGAUUGACAUAAUAUUAGUUUGCAUAAUACAUAUAAAUUCAUGGCAUUUAACCACUUGCGUUCAAAUCGAUAUGCGUUCACUCGUGAGGUAUGGGCUUGAUGGUAAAUUCCAUGCCUCAGCUAGCCUAUAUAUUUUUCGUAGAACAAUCUUGUAUUUAGUGGAUACCUCCAUUAAGCGGGCUCUAGCGGGAGUCUAGUGGGUGUCCUUUUGGGUACUGAACUUUCGUAUAAGAUGGGGAAUACUUAACCAAAGCAGCUCCACGGCCAAGCAAAGACCAGUAUAAAUGGUAUAAAGGAACCUCUCUACUGACAUCAUCACCACCCUACCGACCGAGACGAGCGACCUUAUACAUUGUUAUGGCGCAAAUUGUAGCCAUACACAUGUUAUGCAGAAAAUUUCUUGGGUAACGCGACGGAAACAGCACCAGCUACAGCGAGAAACUCGAUGAGCAAGGCUUGAAACCCGGACCUCCAGAUCAAGAGUUCAAGGUCUGUUAAUCCCUUGGUCACACACGCCUCCUUAUGUGUACAUGUUGCUGGGCCUACAAAUGGGCUUAAAAGUCACAGUUAACUGCAAUGAUUCUCUUUGUCAAAAUUGCAGGUCAACAGGUGGUAGACCCGCCAAGAAUUGUUAACUUUCCAACCAAGGAUUUACUUGCUCCCGAGGAUGUUAAGUUUAGUAGACAAAAUGCCUUGAAAUUACCAUGUGAUGCUGUUGGGAGUAACUUGCAAUGGACCUGGAAGCACAAUGGCACAGCAAUUACGACGGGUGGUAUUAAGUUCACUGUUGGUGCCAAUGGAACCUUAUACGGAAGUUACCUUGAGAGUGCACAGAGUGGAAAUUACCAGUGUUUUGUCAGGGACACUGAUACUGGAAUAGAGACAUUCAGCAGGAAGAUACAGGUUGCUGUUACGGGUAAGGAGUCAUUUCAGUAUCAUUAGCAAAAGCAGUUGAACAGAUAUAAACAAACAAACCAAAAAAACAAUAAAGCCUAAGGCUGUGCUUUUGAUGCAGAGCUUGAAAAAAAAAUUAAUUCCAGCUUGUUCUUUGGGCAAGCAGCCCUCACAUUUGGCUUGUUCAAGGCCAUUUCUUGUUUGUCUAAAGUGUAUUAUGAUUUUGUUAGAGGAUGACUUGGCUGAAACCUUCAGUCAAGUCAGCUUUAAAAGUUACUUGACCAGCAAGAAUAUCUCUUUUCCUCAGCGGACUAGCGGAUUUGACUUUUUUUAGCCCUGCAGAAGGCAAGUAAAAAGUCAAGAGUCCUUUGUUAUAACCCUAAGAGAAGUCCUCUUCACUGCAAGAGUAAAAAACUCUUGGCUAUAUGCUCUAAGAAAAACUGAAAGGAGCCAGGUGCUCUGAACCUGUGAAAUCCAGGGUUCAAUCACAAAUGUGCUUGACUCUACUAAGUGCAACCCUGACUAAUUGGGGGCAACAAGAGGAGCCCGCAUUCGUAAUCUCCAGGUUGUUAUUACGCAUGCGUCACAUGUAUGUAGACAGCAUUUGUCCAUUCUCGUCCCCAGAGCCACUCGGCUUAAUUUGUAACCGACCAGUGGCUCUGGACGCAACGGAAAAUACGAAUUUUUUCAUUGGCUGAAGGCAAUUGAAUGCGCAAAGCAAAUUAAAAAUAUAAUCUACUGCGCAUAACAUUUUACUUCGUGCCCUCUCAACCUGCAAACAUAAAAUCAGUGUCUAAGUUUCGUUGAUUGCGACAAUCCUGUUUUGUUUAUAUGCAAUAGCAGUGAAGAAGAGAAUUGCAGGUAAAGUCUGAAAAGUUUCUACGAAGACAACGAGCCUUGACAAUGAAAGUAUAGUAUUGCCUUCGUUGUGCGCUAAACUUUGCCCCUGUCUCGACCGUCGCAUCUCCUGGGAAACUGAAAGGAGGAGUAACGGUUAGUUAGCUCUUACUGUUGCUCCUUGCUCGUUAAAAAUCAAGCGAUUGAUACUGUACUUGUAUGGCGUUAUUAAUAAGCCUAAUCAGUUUUUCUAAUUCCUCUGGAUAUUCGUCGGUGCUACAGUAAGAAAGGAAAUCAAGCUCCGACUACAUUACAGAAAUGAUACGUACGUUAAGUUUAUUGCAGUGUGCUUUUAAUUUAUCGUAUUUUCUGCUGAAAGAGCAUCUCUUUUGCUAUACUAAGGUCAAGAUAAUAUUUUGUUAUAUGCCUUUAUUUCAUUAGACUACUGAUGGCAGUGCACAAAGCCAGAACUGAAUUGCUUAUGAAUCAUUUUGGGCUGCAUGCCAAAGACAGUUUUUUAAUUGUGUAAAGAUGAUAGAGCAUGUACUCUUUCCAAUCCACGUUUUCUUCCACUUAAUUAAUGCUUAAAUCAUGCUUCCAUAAUUAGGAGGCUUUCUUUUAAUUUUUAUUUUAAAAGUAAGAAUUGGGCUGUGAAAGGAAAGGCUAUGUGGCCGAUUUGUUACAAAUGUUUUGCAAGAAGAUAUUAGGAUCAUUUAUACGAGGAAAAAUAAGACGCGUCUUACAUAAGACACGUCUUAAAUAAGACGCGAACUGUACCAUUUAUACGAGCAUGUCUUAUCUAAUAAGACGCGUCUUAGCUAAGCCGCGUCUUACUUUAGACGAAAUGUGCCGUUUAUACGGGAAGUUCGCGUCUUAUUUAAGACGCGUCUUAUUUUUCUUCGUAUAAAUGGCCCUACUCUCAUCGUAACAGUCCUUGCUUGGCUUCCAGUUGUGUGGCAUUUAGACAAAGAUAAACAAGGGGCUCUGGGGUUAUUUAUAACUGAUGUACAGUUAACAAAGAAACAGGUUUUGCACAAUUUUUCUUGAUAAAUAAUUAUGUUAUCUGAUCACUACAUAGGGUAGCACAAUGUUCUCAACCUUUUUGGUUUAAGAAUUCUAAAAUACAAGAAAACUUGACUGUUUAUACUAGGCAUACAUUAUGUAAAAACUGGUCUAGAUUUUUUGACGAUGUCAGGGACAACUGAGGUGUCAACAAACAAAAUGAUAAAUGAACAACAGCCUAGAGUAGUCUAUUUUGCAUCAUACCGGGGUAAGUGGUUGUUGAUGAUAACAACUGGAUUUCGUAGUAUGUCACCUUUGAUAGGGUGGAUAACAUUAUAGCUUGAUCAACAGUAAUAUCAUAGUUUACUCGCAGUCCUAACCACACCUGCUCUCCACCCCUCCUCGAGCUUGCACACAGCAUUGGCUUACUGAAGCAUAGGGCAUCUUAGUUUACUUGGUUAUUGACAAAUAAUGAUGAGCCAAAUUGAACUUGCUUCCACUGGUCAAUGAUUCAGUUCUGGUUAAACCUUUUUCCUAGUUGCAGGCCUCAUGUUAUAACACAAAAUAAUGAAUUUUAAGGGAACUAAAAAAUUAUACAUUAUCAAAACCUGUGAGCAGAUAUUGUGCUUUAAUUCUAUAAAGCACCACAUUCAGUUUCAAUACAACUGCAGAGGGUGGGGAUUAGGUGCUGGGCACUAUUCCCCAAAAAUCAGUUCAGAUUCACCCCACAGUAUGCUUCUUGCCUUGCCAAAUUUUGACCAAACUAUGUGAUUUGUUCUAUCCCCAAUUUCAAACCUUGCAGGUCUUGCACUCCAGUCUCAAAACGUGAUGAGAACAGCUACCCAAGAAAAUGCUUUUGGGUUGUGUGUUACUCAAGUGUACUUCUUAAUGGGGGGAUCUCUUUAAGCGUACAGUCUAUAUACAGUGCAUAUAUCACUCUACAUUUCACUGUUCCAGAUAAGAAAGUACAGCUAUAUAGCUUAUGAUAACACGUUCUAAGUAUUUAGAUGGUGAGAAGCAGAGCAUUAAAAAAAGCAGGGUUUUUUUUAGUUUUGUUCUCUUUGCACCUUCCCCAAUACCUGAAUGUCUGGCACAGGCAUAAACUACUGCUUUUAAGCCUUCCCCCCAACUCAUAAGCCCCCCAGUUAUAGGCCCUGAUUUACCAGUGAACAAGAUAAAAUGUCCUCCUGGUUGUAAGCCCUUCCCUAAGAAAAAAAACCCUUCAAACCCCUUACAAAGAUGUGUAACCCAUGAGCUCAUAAGUGAUACUUAAACAGGUUUCUCUCUGGAUGCAUUUGCAUAAUUACCAUUACUUCCUACUAAACUAGUGUCCUG